UCAACUGGAGCUCGUGGAAUUGAGUGUCGUGACUCGAGAUAGAGACAAUAGAUACGGAGUGAGAUCACUUGAGGGGCCAAGAAAAAUGCCUCUGUCGGACGUACUGUCUGUUUUCCUCAUCGCUACCAUUGCUUCCUGCAUCAGUUUGGGUUCUGCCUAUCGAAUACCACCACCCACGAUCGUGGUGCAUCAGCCAUCAGGACUGAAAGUGUCCAUUCCAGAUGAGAAUGGGAUUAUUCUCUUCGCCUUUCACGGCAAAGUGAAUGAGCGCUUGGAGCAGAAUGAGGUGGGAACGCUGUAUGAUGACAUCCAGAAGGCGCAGGACGGGCGCUGGACCUAUCAGAAUAACUCUGUGGCCCUCAAGAAGGGCGACAAGCUGCAUUACUGGUUGUACGUGCAGAACGAGAAGCUGGCCUAUCGCCUCGAGGACCAAGUCUUCGAGGUGAUGGAAUUCAACACGCCAACCGUGAUUCAGAUUCCCGAACCCGUGAUCAUUCACGAGAGGCCGCAGUGUGAAUUCUCCAGAACAUACGUGAAUGGUGAUCACGUGUGCAAGAGUACUCUGGUGUUUGAGGAGAAUUUUGACACGCUCAACGGCAGUAUUUGGACACGCGAAGUCAAAUUCCCCAAAGACACUGAAGACGCUGAGUUCUGUUCGUACCAAGAUCGCCCUGAGAAUUCCUACAUUCGCGAUGGGAAGCUCUUCAUCGUGCCGUCGUUGCAAGAAGAGGUGCCAGGAUUCAACGAAUCCUUCAUUCGCAGAGGAAAGUUGGACUUUGGAAAGAGAUGCACUCCUUCCACGAUCCUCAACAACCCAAUUGAGUGCGAAAGACAAGCGGGAGUGACUCAAGUCGUCUCUCCAGUUGUCUCUGCUCAGCUCACCACGAAGAACUCCUUCAAGUUUAAGUACGGAAAGGUGGUUAUACGCGCUAAACUACCCACCGGCGACUGGCUCUUUCCUGAGAUGUUCCUCAAGAGCUCUCAGAACGUCUUCGGGGACGAUAAUCUCGUGAACGGACUCAUGCGGGUGGCGUUUAUUCACAGCAACAAGCAGUUGCAGACAGAGCAGGGCGCGGAGACGGACGGUCUGUACCUCAGAGGACAACUGGUGCUGGACCGCAGCGAGGCGAAUCGAGAGAAGUGGAUGAAGGUGGAGAUUGGCCAGCAACACUGGGGCGCUGACUUUCACGAGUACAGCCUCACGUGGACGGACGAGAUGAUCUCAAUGGCGGUGGACGGGAAGCCGUACGCGCACUUCCGCGACAAGUUCUGUGAUAAGGAUCAUCCCUGCAAUAUCGAGCACGCCAGUCUCUGGGAGUCGGGCUCGAAGCUGGCGCCCUUCGACCAGGAAGUUUACCUGGUGCUGGGCGUGGGCGUGGGUGGUCUCAGUGACUUCCCGGAGAACUGCCGCACUGGCCCCGAUCGCCAUCCGAAGCCCUGGCGCAACACCGAUCCCAGGGCGGAGAAGAACUUCUACAACGACAAGAAGAGCUGGUAUCCCACGUGGCAGGGCGAGGAGGCGGGUCUCCAGGUGGACUGGGUGAAGAUUUACUCCCUGUGAAUGUGCCAUGCCUUAUCUCUAGCGACUGUAAGUUGUCGUGCGACAAUAAAAAUGAUUAACAAAUGUA